AUGGCACCAAUUGCUGUUUCUUUAUCCUACUACCGGCCUUGGGCUACAGCUGCCGUUGCUGUUGCUCUAUACUACCAAAUAAUUGUCGAUCAAAACUAUUCGGUCAGAAAUGCACCGUUUUACAUAGGAAAGUACUUGCUGUGCUUUCUGAGCUUCUGGGGCGCCUACACGGUGUUCUUGUAUCCAGCUUUCUUCAGUCCGCUCAGACAUCUGCCACAACCAACGAGUGCCAGUAUUAUUAAUGGUCACUGGGCGGAGUCGGUUUGUGAGCCUGCUGGUUUGCCGUUUAGGCGAUGGAUGAGGACAAUUGAAAACAAUGGAUUGAUAAGAUACAAACACCUUUUCAACCAAGAGAGAAUCGUUGUCACCAGUCCAGAAGGCCUCAAGGAAGUCCUUGGUCAGAACAGCUAUGACUAUGUGAAGCCCCAUCUCCUCCGAGCCAUGGUGGGCAAGAUCUUGGGAUACGGCCUCCUACUCUCUGAGGGAGAUGUGCACAAGAUGCAAAGAAAGAAUCUGAUGCCAGCAUUCAGCUUCCGUCACAUCAAAGAACUUUACCCCGUCUUCUGGUCCAAAGCCCAGGAGCUUGUUCACGGCAUUGAGAAAGAGGUGUCAGAAGCACCAGGAUCACAAAUCGACAUUGCAGACUGGGCGAGUCGCGCUUCUCUUGAUAUCAUCGGGUCUGCAGGAAUGGGUCACGAAUUUAAGUCACUCUCCGACCCCAGUAUCGAAGACACGAUGAAGAUGUACGGUUCAAUGGUCAAGCAGAGCCGCGGUGCUAAACUCUUGACCGUACUGCAACUCGUUCUUCCGUCCAUCAUCACAGAUUACCUGCCCUUCCAGAGGAAUAUGGGCGUCUUAGCGGCGUCAAAAGCUGCUAGAAACACUUCCCAGAAUCUCAUCAAUGCCAAGAAGGUCCAGAUGGCUGCCAAGGAGAAGCUGUCUCCUGAUAUCAUUUCUACGGCACUUGAAUCUGGUCACUUUACAGACGAGGGUCUUGUUGACACUAUGAUGACCUUUUUGGCUGCUGGACACGAGACAAGUGCUGCGGCGCUCACUUGGACGAUUUUCUUGUUAGCCAAGAACCACGGUAUUCAAGACCGACUACGGGAAGAGAUUCGUCAGAAUGUUGACGGUCUUGCUGAUGAUGUGGAUGCCAAAAAGCUCGACGGUCUAUCCUAUCUCCAUGCCGUCUGUCAAGAAUCGCUACGCCUCUACGCACCAAUCCCAUUCACCGUGCGGGACGCUCUCAAGGACACUAGUAUCCUAGGCACAUUCAUUCCUAAGGGAACAAUGAUUAUCCUCUGCCCAUGGGCCAUCAAUCGCGCAGCCGAAUCCUGGGGCCCCGACGCAGACGAGUUCAACCCUGAGCGAUGGAUGGUGCCUGGACAAGCCAAUUCUGGCGGCGCAAAGAACAACUACGCGAACUUGACAUUCCUCCACGGACCUCGGAGUUGUAUCGGCCAAAAGUUCUCGUUGGCUGAACUCAUGGCCCUUACGUGCGCGUUGGUAGGGCGGUACAGGUUUGACAUUGACAAGGACUACGAGGUGAAGGAUCUGACGGAUGGAAUUGUUGCCAAGCCGCGAGACGGGUUGAAGGUUUCGGUGGAGGAGGUUCAGGGUUGGUGA